AUGAAUUUGGCUAGUAAAUUCCAACAAAGCCAGGGCCAACAACCCCAAUCGAAUCUUCAAGCACAACAAAUUUUAUUACAACAACUUCACCAAGGGCUGUCUCACCCACAACAACAACAACAACAACAACAACAACAACAACAACAACAACAACAACAACAACAGCAGCAGCAGCAGCAUCAGCAACCGCCACAACAGCAGCAGCAGCCACCACAACAACAGCAACAGCCACAGCAACAAGUAUCAUCUAAUGGACUAAGUGCUGGAUUCCAACCAGGUGAAAGUUUUAAUGACAAUUUAAAUGGGCUAUAUCAAAACAACUAUCUGCGAGCUCAGCCAAAUUUGCAACAACAAUUUUUCCCUCAGUUUCAGCAAAAUCAGCUGAAGCAGGCUGGCGGAAAUAGCCUCAAUAUUGGUAGUGGUACAUCGCAAUUGCAACAACCAUAUCAAGCUAAUCAUUUACCAAGGCAAGGGCCUCAUUUUCAACAACAGUUUUAUAACCAACAACAAGCUGUGGCUCUUCAAAAGCAGCAGCAGCAACAACAACAGCAACAACAACAACAACAACAACAACAGCAGCAGCAACAACAACAGAACAUACACCAAGCACAACAGAUACAAUUACAAGGAUCUCAAAUACAAACUCCCAUUCAAAAGGCUAGCACUUUGCACGUUGACAAUCCCAACACUAAUUUCUGGCAACAUCAACAACAGUUGUGUCAGAUUUCCAGGGCAUCAACUGAUCCUCACAACUACGCAAGACAAUAUGCAUCCAACUCAAGAAAAUUAAAGAACCCAUAUGCUGAAACUAAAUCAAUCGGACUCAUUGAAGCUACGAAAGUCAUUGUUGCUAGUAUUGAAGAAGAAGAACAGAAAAAGAAACUUGCAACCAGGGACCCAGCAAGUGCAGCAUUGUUACAUAAUAAGAAAAUCACCCAAGGUCUUGACGAUGAUUCAAUGGAGGAACAAAGAAUGCGGUUAAAAACUCAAGGACGUCAAUUGUGGUGCCAACUUGAUUUAAGUGGACAAGGAUUGGUUAACCUUUCACCAAAGUUGUUUCAUUAUGACUUUUUGGAGUCGUUGUACCUAAACAAUAACAAGUUGACUAGUAUACCACCUGAUAUUAGCAAAUUGAGAAGUUUACGAACUCUUGAUUUAUCGCACAAUCGAAUUGGUGAAUUACCCUCAGAGCUUGGCUUAUGUUUCAACUUGAGGUUCUUGUAUCUUUUCGACAAUAAUAUCAGGUCGUUACCUGCUUCUUUUGGUAAUUUGUUUGAGCUUCAAUUCCUUGGUGUAGAGGGGAACCCGCUUGAUUUGAACAUUGCCAACUUAGUGGCUGAAAAAGGCACAAAGGAACUAAUAGCUGCCAUUAGAGAUCAAAAGUCUACAACAACAUCACCUGAACCUCGUCAUUGGUUACAAGUGGAAGAUGAUGGUGAGGUUGUUGACACCAAGGAGCCUUAUAAACACGAGCAAAGUUCUGGUAAUGCAUUCACAUUGAUGUCAUACAACACCUUGUGUCAGCAUUAUGCAACACCCAAAAUGUACAAAUUUACUCCUUCAUGGGCUUUACAAUGGGAGUAUAGAAGAGAGUUGUUGGAGAAGGAGGUUUUGAAUUAUAGUACUGAUGUGAUAUGUAUGCAAGAGGUUGAAACUAGAACUUAUAUGGAGUUUUGGGCACCAUUGUUGGCACAAAAGGGUUACAGGGGUUUGUUUUUUAGCAAAACGAGAUCAAAGACAAUGAGUGAAAAUGAUUCGAAGAAAGUUGAUGGUUGCGCCACUUUUUACAAGGUGGAUAAAUUUACCUUGGUGCAUAAGCAAAAUUUUGAAUACAAUAGUGUGUGCAUGGGAUCCGACAAAUAUAAAAAGACCAAAGAUUUAUUCAAUAGAUUUAUGAAUAAAGACAACAUUGCCUUGAUUUCAUACUUGGAACAUAAGGAAACUGGAGAACGUAUUUGUUUUGUCAAUACCCAUUUACACUGGGAUCCAGCAUUCAAUGACGUCAAGACAUUACAAAUUGGUAUUCUUUUGGAAGAAUUGCAAGGUUUUAUCAAAAAGUAUCAACAAACAUCAUCAAUGGAAGAAGUUAAAAAAGCACCUCUUGUCAUUUGUGGUGAUUUCAAUUCAGUCAAACAAUCAGCCGUGUAUCAGUUAUUCUCCACCGGAUCAUCCAAAGAUCAUAGUGAUUUAUCAGGUAAGGAUUAUGGAAAAUUCACCGAGUCCGGAUUCCAUCAUCCUUUUAAAUUAAAAUCGGCUUAUGAUGCUGUUGGAGAAUUGCCAUUUACAAACUUGUCACCGGCCUUUACCGACAAUAUUGAUUACAUAUGGUACUCAACGUCGAAGCUUCAAGUGAAGGGGUUAUUGGGUGAAAUUGAUAAAAAGUAUGUAUCACAUUGUAUUGGAUUUCCUGAUCCAAAUUUCCCCUCGGAUCAUGUACCUAUAUUAGCCAAAUUUCAAAUAAAGAAAUAA